CAAGAACCGCUUUGUCCGAAGAGAUGUGGGAGGCGGCUAAGAAGCAGCCCCUGUUUUACGAAGUUCUGGAGCGAGACUCUUCGGACAGCAGUUCCAGUUCGACUUCGGAGAACAGCAGCACAGAAGGCGGUAAUAGCGAUACAAGCAGUUGUGGUUCCGACUCCGAUCGCGAUCAAAGACCACGACUGGGUGCUCGCCCGCAUAAUUCUUCAACAGGCGGCUCAUUGUCACUGUCCUCGUCGUCCUCCCAUUUCGAAAUCCGAACGAAGAAAGAGUUCAUGCUGUUUUACGAGGAGGACACGAGGUCGAACGCAGGUUCGGAAGCGGCAUCGACGAAAGGAAAAAAGAAGAUCGUGAAGAAAGUCGUGAAAAAGAAGGUCGCGGUGAAAGCUACAAGUGUUGUGGAAGGAGCUGCUAGUGCAGGAGAGGUUCCUGGCGUUUCCGCAAUUGGUACCGGCGCCGCAGUGGACCUUCAAGCUACGACCGUUGUUAAGGAAGGUAACACUGCCCCGGAACAAACAGGGAAAAUGACCACCGAAGGAGCGGUUGAAGUAGACCCAGCAGAAGCGGCAGCAGCCCCGAAGGCGAAGAAGAAAGUCGUGGUGAAGAAGGUGGUUAAGAAAAAACCCGCUGCUGUUCCUUCCAAUGACGAGGAGGUGCAACAAGUAGACAAGCGUGCAACGGUCGCACUUUCUCUACAAGCGGAGGAGGACGGGAAUAAGGUGUCCGAUGCUGAAGAAGACACAAACAGAGAACUCACCCCGAUGGAAAAAACGCUGGACAACAUCUGGACCGCGGCGGAGGCGCAGCAGCAUGUGGAACAGAAGAAGCUCCAGCAGGAGGUCGCGCGGCAGUGCAAACGGCGCGGCUUGGGACCGCGGCAAGGGGCGGCCGUAUGGUCGGACAUUCAGGAAGAUUUGUCGAAGGAAUUGUAUUCCGCCGGUGGGGGAGCAGAUGGAGAUGAAGGCGGUUCUUUGCUCGCGGUCGAGGACGACUUCGCGUCACCGUACCACCCGUUGAUUGUGUUGAAACAGGAAAAGGCGAAGCGGAAAAAGAAGAUCUGGGGCAAUAUGCGGUCGAAGAUCAAGCUCUGCGCGAACUCGUUGAAGGCCGUGGACAAGAUGCUGGAUCCCUGUCAGCAGCACAUCGACCCGCGGAUGAGCGACCGCGAUUUACGGCGCCGGUUGCUUUCCAUGGAAAACUGCGCGGACCUUUUUGCGAAUUACAAAAACUUCUGGGUGUUCUUCACGAAGAUCUACAAGGCGCUGGGCUGCAACGCGCUGUACACCUGGCGGGUGGUGUUUGGCGAGAAUUUGGUGCUGGAUUUCGACACCUUUUCGGAGGGGAUGGAGCGGUUCUUCUUGGACCCGUAUGCGUUGAAAGAGCAAGAGAAGUCGCAAAACCGGCGGAAGCAGAUGCAGGCCGACGCGGCCAAGGGGGGCGCGAGCUGCGUGGCCGCGUCGCUGUUGCAGGGGAAAUCCGGGAACUUAUGCAUUGCAAAAGUGUCUGGGUCUGGAAGGAUGCAACUUGUGAUGCUGUCUUUGGAUGUCUGAAAAAUUUGUGUUGCAUGAGCAGCACAAGGAUUCUGAUUUUUGCUACGCGGAGAGGGCAUUUGUCAUGCGGAAUAGGCAUCAAGAAUCCCUCAAAAAACCUGUGAUGCGAGGGCAUGCAUUGCAGACAUCAUGGCUCACGCAAACCGUGCGUGACAAGUCUCAGAAUCUUCCAGAGGACCCAGACGUAUUUGCAUUUGAUAGAACGGCGCGUUGGGCAAGAGCAUCAACGCGAUGUCGAUGUCGCGGAACGUCGGCAACGCCUCGCGGUCGCCGAACGCCGGCAACAGUCCCC